AUGGCUAAGAAGGCUGUUCACUUUGGCGCUGGCAACAUCGGCCGUGGUUUUGUCGCCUGCUUCCUCCACAACUCUGGCUACGACGUCGUCUUUGCCGAUGUCAACGACACCAUUGUCAACCUCAUCAACGAGACCCCCUCAUACCGUGUCAUCGAGGUCGGCUCUGAGGGUACCACCGAGAACACCAUCACAAACUACCGAGCCAUCAACUCGCGAACCCACGAGGAGGAUCUGAUCGAGGAGAUCCGCACAGCAGAGGUCGUCACCUGCUCCGUCGGUCCCAACAUCCUCAAGUUCAUCGCUCCCGUCAUUGCCAAGGGUAUCGACCGCCGAUCAACCGACGACGCUCCCCUGCACGUUAUUGCUUGCGAGAACGCCAUUGGCGCCACUGAUACCCUUGCCGAGCACAUCAAGGAUCCCCGCAACACCUCCCCCGAGCGUCUUGAGGACCACCACCUCCGCGCCCGCUACGCCAACUCUGCUAUUGACAGAAUUGUCCCCGCUCAGGACCCCGAUGCCGGUCUUGAUGUUACCCUGGAGAAGUUCUUUGAGUGGGUUGUUGACCGCACUCCCUUCGAGGAUGUUGGCAUUCCCGACAUCAAGGGUAUCAACUGGGUUGACAACCUCGGCCCCUUCAUUGAGCGCAAGCUCUUCACUGUCAACACCGGCCAUGCCACCGCUGCCUACCACGGCUACAACCGAAGAAAGCGCACCGUCUACGAUGCUCUCCAGGACAAGGAGAUCAUGGCCGAGGUCCGAGGUGCUCUCAUGGAGACCAAGUCUCUGAUCGUCUCCAAGCACGCCAUCGAUGAGGAGGCCCAGGCUGCCUACGUCAACAAGAUUGUCAAGCGAAUUGGCAACCCCCAUCUUGAGGAUGCUGUCGAGCGUGUUGGCCGUGCCCCUCUCCGAAAGCUCUCCCGCAAGGAGCGCUUCAUCGGCCCCGCCGCCGAGCUUGCCGAAAACGGCCAGUCCAUCAAGUACCUCCUCGACGCCAUCGAGAUGGCCUUCCGUUUCCAGGAAGUCGAGGAUGACGAGGAGUCCAAGCAGCUCGCCAAGAUCAUGUCCGAGAACGGACCCGAGGAUGUUGUCAAGCAGGUCUGCGGCAUCCAGGACAGCGAGAAGAUCUUCCCCCAGCUUGUGCAAGUUGUGCAGCGCGUCCAGGCCGACAGCGCCGAGGACUAA